UGUGGAUAAUAUUCAAUUUGCACAUUGAUAACGAAUAAUGAUUAGUCUGCCCAAUGCUCUAAACCUUUUCUUAUCAAAUCAGCGAUAAGUGGUAAUCAAACGCUGAGUGUAAUUUAGACCAAAUAAUCGUGUUCACCGCUCAUCACACACUCAUUACACAUGAACACCGCCGGGGUGGUUAAUUUUUGCGAAAAGCGAUUCUUUGGUAUCUACAUAUUUAGCUACGUAUUGCUCAUACCUAUGAGCAAUAACACUCAAACAGACAAUUGUACGCAUUAGUGCCAAUCUUGAAAGGUGUAUACAAUUGUCUCGAGUACAAAGGGGCAGAAUGUGGAUGGACGUAAUUCAAGAAGGUGACCAAGAAGAGCCUGACGCACUUCGCAGCGAUGACGAGGACACCGUGUACGACAGAAAUUCGGAGUUUCGGAGAAACCCGUUUGCGGAUGAAGUGCCCACGGAGAGAAGAGGAAUGUUGGACGAAAGGGACACUCGGUGCGGCGUUUGGAGUUGGCGACCCGAAUUUUUACAGCACUUUGCCACACCAAACGCAUUUAUUGGGGUGUUUAUCGUCACGGGUGUUUUAAAUGGAGCAUGUUGGUCAUAUUUUACGUCCUCAAUUUCCACAAUGGAAAAACGAUUACAAAUCAGCUCAGAAACGACUGGAGCCCUGUUAGCCGGAAGUGAGCUGAUGCAAGUAAUGAUCUCAAUCGCUUUAUCGUACUUUGUCAUAAAGUCCAAACGAAUGAAGUUUAUCACGUUGGGGGCAUCUUUGUGGGCAUUGUCAUGCUACGUUCUUGCCUCCCACCAAAUGUUUUUUGGUUCUGGAAAAUAUGCGCUGAGUAUGACCAGACUUCAAAACGAGGAGCCAUCAGUCACUUCUGGGGUGGACGCAGGACUAGAAAAUAAUCAAAGUAUGAAAAAUCCUUUCCCUUAUAUGAAUGACCGUGUCAUGUCGUCGGUCCAACUUUGUCUCAGAGAUGUUGAGUAUGUGAAUAAGUCUGACGUGUACGACUGUCCGCUGGGUGAGGGAUCAUCAUUCCCUGUCACGUUUGUUCUGCUGUCCCAACUAUUGUCGGGUACAGGGACCAUGUUUUUUCUAUCCUCUGGUGGACCAUACGUUGAAGAUAUUGUAAUGCCGAAUCAACUUCCGAUUCUUUUUGGCAUUACGUUGUCGUUACGACUUAUCGGACCAUUCCUCGGAUACAUUUUUGGCUCUGUAUUUCUAAGAAUAUUUAUUAGCACGGUAUCAACUCCGGCAAUCACGGAAUAUGAUCCACGCUGGAUGGGAGCUUGGUGGUUGGGAUGGCUUGUAUUUGCAAUACUCACAACCAUCGCUGCAGUCACUUUGGGCAUAUUUCCAUCUCAGAUGGCUAGAGAAGUGCUUAAAAAACGGUCCAUGACCACUGACACUGGUCCACCACUCCUGUCACUUAACUCUGCUGCCUUGCAAUUUAACUCUGCUGAACUAAAAAUUGCAAAUACGCUUCCAGUUUCCCACAAUUUCAUGAAAACUUUCCUCGUAUUUUUCAACAACAAUUUGAAUUUGUACAUCACACUCUCCACCAUAUUUCACAUCUUUGUGGGAAUCGGUUAUUGGACAUUUUUUCCAAAAUUCUUGGAAGUUGUAUUUCAUGAGCCAGCCGCUCAGGCGUCUGUCAUGACAGCUUGCGUCACUGUGACAUUCAACGCGGCAGGAUUGCUCAUUAGUGGAGUGGCCAUUUCGAAAGUUCUACCUGGUGCAGAACAAGUUUCCUUUUGGAAUGCAAUGGCCACCGUCGUGCAAAUUCUAGUGCUGAUUAUUAUCACUCAAUUUGGUUGUGAUAGUGGGGACCUCGUGUUUUCACGAGACUCGUCCACCGCAGUUACUGCUGGAGUGACCGUCCCUGGAUUGACCACUCCGAUAGCUUUCUCGGAAACAACCAUGUUGACUUCCACUGAGAACUUGCUCAACGGUUCGGACCUUACUACGGAAUCUACGGAAUGGUCCACGACCCAAAUGAUUACGACGACAACCGUUCGAAACAAAAGGCUGGUGUACUUGCACAGCAGCAAUUGUAGCGCUGGUUGUGACUGCAAAUUGGGUCCGAUGAUGCCAUUGUGUGAUGAGAGCAGUGGGCGUACAUUCUACUCACCUUGUCAUGCGGGGUGCCAAUCGGUCAAUUAUGAUGGAAAUGAGACCGUUUUCAACGAUUGUUCUUGUGUCUCAGAAGGGGCAGUAGUGAAAAAUGGAUUCUGUGAAGGGCACGGAGGUUGCAGGGCUGGUCUGGUCACAACUCUCAUAUUAACAGCAAUCGCUCAGUUUUUGGGCGGCACUGUAGUCAUUGGAAAGAUGCUCAUUUUCUACAGGUCUAUGGAAUCGGAAGGCCGAAGUCUUGUCAUCAGCUUGGGAAUAUUAAUAGUCAGCAUAUUUGCGAUGAUCCCAGGUCCAAUCAUAUUUGGUACCGUUGUUGAUUCUGCGUGUCAUAUUUGGGAGCAAACUUGUAGGGGGAAUUUUGGGCACUGUUGGCAUUACAACAACAAAAUACUGCGAUAUGGAUUCAACCUGACGGCUGCAGGAUUCUUGCUCUGUGGAGGCAUCUUCGAUGUGCUUUUGUGGAGGAAAGUCAAAGUGAAGGACGUGCGAUUGUACGACGGAGAAAUUGACCAUAUUCCAAAACCUUCAGCUGGACAAGAAUUUGAAGAUAUGCCAAGAGCACGAAUAAGUUCUUCUGCGUACACAUAAAACGAUUCUAAAUGAAUCAUAAGAACAUUUCCAAAUGAUGUGACAAACUUUUUGCUCUAAUUAAAUUGUUAUGAAGCAGUUUAGCAUUUUUAUAAGUUAAUCAUAACGAAGCAAUUUAGUCGUAUUUAUUAAUACAUACGUUUGUAUUGUACUCUUGAAGGCUACUCACUUAUUAAUGCAGACGUAAAUAAAUAUAUGCGCUUCUUGACUUGAUAAUAAUUACCUUCCUGAACAUUUUUAUCAAUAGCACAAUGAUUGGCUAAAGCUUUUUUGUAUAAUUUUUUGGAGAUGUCUUUUAGAUGAACGAUUAAUAAAUUGGCCUAUAAUCACUUA